AUGGCCGAAGUGCUCCUCGAAACUUUCAAACAGAUCCAUUCCAAAUAUCUCCCAUUUGUGAUAGUCGACCAGCGCAUUGAUGCAACUACUUUACGCAGAACUUCUCCGGUUCUUUUUCUGGCCAUAGCUGCAACAUCUGCUAGGGACGACAACUUACUUCAAAAGAGACUAGGGGCUGAACUGAAGAAGAUUCUAUGUGAGCGUGUUUUGGUGAAUAAUGAACGAAGCCUUGAACUAUUGCAAGCGUUGCUUGUAUACCUGACCUGGGUUCAUUACCAAUUCAAUCCAAACACCAAGCAGACAUCCAUGCUUCUUCACAUGGCGCUGGGACUCGUCACAGACCUUGACCUUGACAGAUGUCCCGCCCAUCGAGAUCAGACAAUCGGCAGCAAUACUUGUAGCAUGACUACGCAGAACGGUAUGCUGCCAACCCAAUGUCAAAGGACGACAAAUGAGAUCCGUACGCUUCUGGGUUGCUUUUAUCUUUCAUCUACAAUGGCAAUGACUCGCAAGGAAUUAGCCAUGAAGUACACCGACUGGGUUGAGCGUUGCUGUCUAAUUCUCAAAGAGAAGCAGGAGUUUCCCUCAGACAUAUCCCUGGUAAUUUUAGUCGAAGCUAAAUCUUUAGCACAACACAUCAGCGAGAAGUUCUCCUAUCAUGAUCAAACCUUCAUGCGAUGUCAAUGUGACACGGCCAUUCAGAUGGCCAUGAAUACUUUUGAGGACCGGGUAGCUGAACUAGAAGCAAAGUAUGUCUCAUCGCUGCAGGAAAAUUAUGCGCUACUGGCGGAACUGAAAGCCUUGCGAAUAACAGUCUACGAGGUUGCAUUGUAUCGUGAGCCUGUGACUGCAGCCGAGUCUAAUGCGUACACCUUCCACCUCUGGAAUUUAUUGAGUUCAUCUCGCGAUUUUUUGGAGUAUCUCUUCAGUAUUCCAAAAGAGGUUGUAAAAGAUCUUCCUGCAGGAUGUUUUACUCUAUUCUCAUAUGCACUCAUUGUACUCCUGAUUGUCGCCCGCCUGCCAUCCAUGGCAGGCUGGGACAGCUCGAUUGCGAAGCAAGAAGCAAAUUUGAUUGGUCGUCUACAGCAUGCCCAAAAGACAUUUGGAGAUGGGCUCACGCAGACAGGAGAUGCCAUGAGUUUAGAGCAGAGAGAUGUCUGGGCAUUCUUCUCUCGGGGUAUUGGGGCCUUGAUAGUGUUGCACCAAAAGUCGGGGCAUCAAAGCGAAAACGGCACAGAUUGUCAUGUCCCAAUGAGUUCUACUAUCGCGCCGUGUGUUACAAGAUGCUCCGUUUCGGAUCUCAUGACUGCUUUCGGUGCGUUGAGGGUCAGGAAACCUAACGAGUCAAUCAGCUUCGGCGAGCACACAGAAGCAGCGAGGGGGACCGGAAGUUUACAAACCCAGCCAGAGACAGUGAUGGACCUCUGGAGUGAUGAGACAUGGCAGUCCAUCUUGGACGAGUUUUCCAUGUUUUCUACAGUGACAGGGUUUCCUUCUUGA